AUGUAUCGAGCAGAAUCAGUAGGCAGCGCCGAAUCGCUGUGCAACACGAGCACAAACAAGUACAGGCACGCAAAGAUUAUUGUCCGCUCAGAUCAGUCUAUGCGGAUCACGUUUGAUGUCCCCGUUGACGAGCGGAACGUCGUGGGAGGUGGCCGAGAGCCAGCGUGGGCCGCAGUGAAAUCGACGAUGGUGUUUUGGAGUGUGUCGGAGGGCCUAGGCAAAACCCGCGAAGAAAGCCAAAACAGCGUAAAUCGGAAGGAAGAACGAGGAGGGCAACGCGCAAUUCGCUGGCUAAGCGUCGACGACGUACUGCCAAACGAAAGAAAAAAUGGUGGCAGAGAGCGUGUGUGUAAAAGAAUACCGCCGUCGCCAACACGAACCUCGAAGGUUGUGGGUAAAGCAGUGGAAGGAGGGUUGGAGAAACAGGCGGCGCAGGGUGAGAAAGGCUGGUGCGGCGAUAGAGAGAGAUGUCGAGAGGCACGCUCGAGCGAGGAGCGGUAG